AUGCUGAGAUCGACGUACCAGCCUUCCCACAACGCCCCGCCGCCCUUGCCGCCGGGCUGGACCGAGCACAAGGCGCCGACGGGCCACACCUACUACUACAACACAACGACGCAAGAAUCGACCUACAAGCGCCCUGGUGCCGAUAUUCCUCUCCCGGCUGCGCCCACGCCUCCUGCCUCGGGCCCACAAGAUCCGCGUGCCAGCUAUCGCCAAUAUGCGGGAGUAGGCUCCCUCGCCAAUCCUGCGGCGGCCAACGCCUUCCUGGCGCAGUACAACCCGCAAGCGCAGCGACAACAGCAACACCAGCAACCUCAUGGCGCACGGGGACAUGGCGACAGGCCGCGGCCGCAGCCGCACGACAAGCCGCGGUCCAAGGUCGCCAUACCCGGCUGCGAGCCCUGGGUCCUGGUGUACACCAAGUACGGCCGACGGUUCGCAUACAAUCCCGAGAAGCGCGCCAGCUACUGGCGCAUACCCGAAAAAAUAAUGCAGGGUGUCAUCGAGCUGGAUAUCCGCGGCGCCAAGGAGAAGGCCGAGGGUAAGAUUGCUGCGCAGGGAGACGAGGCCCAGGAUGGAGAACUGGCCGGGCCGGGAGAUAAUUCCACAAAAGAAAUUGUUACGGAGCGUCCAGAAUCGGCGCACGAGGACGAGGCUGCGCAGGAGGAGCUGGGAUCAGACUACGAGGAAGUCGAAGUGACCGACGACGAGGCGUCGGGUGCUGAAGGUGCAGAAGAUGAUGGCGACGGGGAGCACCCUUCCAAACGCCAGCGCACCGAAGAGCCCAACGAGGACGAUCGCGAGAUGCCCGUCGAGUUCAACGAGGACGACAUCGCCUUUCAGCUGCAGGCCAUGGGCGCCGACUAUGGGCUUGAGCCGGGCGAGUACGACGACGGAAACCCGGAAGCGUGGCCCGAGGGCGCCGAGGGCGAACCGCUGUCCAACGAGGACGCGCGCGAGCUGUUCAAGGACCUCCUGACCGACAUGGGCAUCAACCCCUUCUCGCCGUGGGACAAGCUGGUCGAGGACGGCAAGCUGGUCGACGACCCGCGUUACACGGUGCUGCCGAAUAUGAAGGCUCGGCGCGAGGUCUGGGAGGAGUGGUCGCGGGCGCAGAUCCAGGUGGUCAAGGAGCGGCGGGCGCGCGAGGAGAAGAAGGACCCACGCAUCCCAUAUAUGGCCUUCCUAGAGGCCAAGGCCAACCCGCGGCUGUAUUGGCCCGAGUUCAAGCGCAAGUACCGCAAGGAGCCGCCGAUGCGCGACUCGGCGCUGGCGGAUCGCGACCGCGAGAAGGCCUACCGUGAGCACGUCGCCCGCCUCAAGCUACCCCUGGACACGCUCAAGAAGGACGUGGCGGCGCUGCUCCGGGCCGUGCCCGGCCGCGAACUCAACGCCAAGACGCUGCUGGAGGACCUGCCGGCCCAGGUCCUCACCGACGUGCGGUACACGUCGCUGGACGCCGCGACGCGCGACCCGCUGAUCGCGGCGUACAUCGCGACGCUGCCGCCGCCGCCGGACCAGGCCGAGGCCGAGGAGGACGAGGCGGCGCGCAGGGCCCGGGACGAGCGGCGCAAGCGGGAGAAGGCCAUGCAGGAGCGCGAGAGGAUCGUGGCCGAGGAGAAGAGGCGCCAGCAGCGGCAGCUCGAACACGGGCGGGCGGCGCUGCGCGAGGAGGAGCGCGAGCUCGAGAAGGCCAUGCACGUGGGAAAGAAGGGAAUCCACAGCCAACUACUUGCCGAGAGGGAGAAGGGACUGUUGGAUGAGGGCGCUGCAAAGGGGGAUGGGGAUAUCGCAAUGGAUUAG